AUGGCGAACGUAAACAUUGUGAAGUGUGCAAACUGCAACAUUGUAAUAAACGAACUACUGACUUUUGUUCGACAUGUGAUGGACUACACUGACGAGGAGAGUAUUCACCAGUUGUGUACCACAACUUUUUCGGAGGAAGACAUCACCAAGGCUAAAUGUUUACUUUUCGAGUCAGUACCAAAUUCGAAAAAGAUGCCAUUAAGGAGGAAGCAAGGGAAGAAGCGGAUGUCGCGAGACCUUGAUGAUAUCAUCGGCUUGAUGAAAAGUGUUGAUCCAUCGAAGAUUCCAAUCUUCUGCGCCCGUAAUCUUGAUCUGAUUCCACCAGUCACAUAUGAUCAUGUUGACGCUACGAGGUUCAUAAAGGAGCUGUUGGCAGUGAAAAACAGGCUAAAUAUUUUGGAAGAAAAGGCGGUUAGUGCUGAUGACUUCAAUUUGCUCAAGCAAGAGUUGUCUAACAUAAAACACUCCUCUUUGGCUGAUGAUAAUUAUUUCAAAGUCAAUAAUAAGCGAGGAGCGUGUUUACAAAGCAGUUUUUAUACGGAUAGCGGGCCGAUUGGUUUUAACUAUGUACCCGAGUAUUAUUCUAUUAUAACUCAAAAAUCAGCUGUUGUCGAGGGUAAUGAGCGACCUUCAUCGAGUUUAAAGAACAAUCAAACGGUCUUGAAUAUUUCUGUCUCUCCUAACUGCAUUCAAGAGACAGAGACGCAAAAAUCAGCUGUUGCCGGGGGCAAUGAACGACCUUCAACGAGUGUGAUAGACAAUAUAACGGUCUUCAAUAAUACUAUCUCUUCUGACUGCAUACAAGAGACAGUGACGGAUGUAGUGACGCACGUGGAGGCCGAUACCGAGGUUUCGAACGUAGCGAAGAGGACGGGAAGCCCGGGUGACUCAAGUGCGGGCGGGACGGCGGCGCGUGCGCAGCUCAAGGAGGCGAAAGGGAGUGCGCUAGCGGAUGCAGAUGCGUGUGCGUCAUCGUACAGCGGUGACACGACUGGGUAUGUUCGAUCGUCACCGCCCAAGAUAACGGUACAAUCGAGAUUUGUGAAGUGUAAACAAGUUAAAGUGAGUAGUGAAUGGGAUGUUGCAUUAAACAAAUCAGCUAAACGUUACAAACUUAUAGGACAAAAGGGGCGCGCGCCGGUUGCUCCUAACGGUAACUUUAAAGCAGCGGAUACUAAGAUACCUUUGUUGAUAUCGAAUGUGAGUAAAGAAACAAGUGAGGAUGACAUUGUUAAAUAUAUAGAUAUUAAAACAAAUGAGAAUGUUUCUUUGAAGAAAUUAAAUAUGCGUAAAACUAAAAGGUAUGACGCAUAUAAACUUUAUGUUUCGAAACAAAAAUUAGAUAUUUUCUUAAAUGAUGAAUUUUGGCCCAAUGGGAUCACGUUUAGACGUUUUGUACACAUUAUGUACAAAACAAAAGCAAAAUUAGUUAAUAAUAGUUAA